UUCUGUACUUUCUCUUUCUUUUCCUGGGCUCAAACUUUCGUUUCUUCUCCUUGGAGUCGGAAAUACCUUGAAGUUCUGGAUUGGUGCGUUAAUUCUCCGUAUUUUACCACUUUCAGGUUGGCUGCUGAUUGGCUGAGCAAUAUUAGGGGCAGAGUUUGGAGGAUUUUUCAAGAAAAGCGUUGCUUUUGCUUGGGCUCCUGAGCAGGGGUGUCAGAAGUCAGGACAGACAGACACAGGAUCACAGCAAUUAUGGCUUCAGAAUUCAUGGCGAAUGUCAAGGAGGAGGUGACCUGUCCUAUCUGUCUGGACCUCAUGGUGGAGCCUGUGAGUGCAGAUUGUGGUCACAGCUUCUGCCGAGCCUGCAUCACACUGAACUAUAAGUCCAGCAAAGAUGAAGAGGGUGAGUUCAUCUGCCCUGUGUGCCGAGUGAGUUACCUGUUUGGGGAUCUGAGGCCUAAUCGACAUGUGGCCAACAUAGUAGAGAGGCUCAAGGAGUUCAAGUCCAGCUCAGGGGAGGAGCAGAAGGUGAAUGUCUGUGCAAAGCAUGGAGAGAAACUCCAGCUCUUCUGUGAGAAGGACAAGGUGGCCAUCUGCUGGCUUUGUGAGCGAUCUCAGGAUCACCGUGGUCACCAAACAGCUCUCAUUGAAGAGGCGGCCCAUGAGUACAAGGGGAAGCUCCAGGUGGCUCUUCAAAAGCUGAUGUCAGACAAGAAAGAAUUAGAGAACUGGAAAGAUGACCUUCAAAAGGAGAGAACUUCCUGGGAGAGUCAAAUACAGAAAGAUGUAGAAAACGUUCAGACAGAAUUUAGAAGACUGAAAGACAUCCUGGACUCUGAGGAGAAGAAUGAGCUGCAGAAGCUGACGCAAGAGAGGGAAGACAUUCUGAGCAACCUGGCAGAGUCUGAACGUAAGCAUGCCCAACAGAGCAAGUUGCUAGGAGACCUCAUCUCAGAUGUGGAGCGUCAACUGCAUUGCUCAGCCAUGGAGAUGCUGCAGGGUGUGGAUGACAUCAUAAAAUGGAGUCAGGCCUUUUCACUGACAAAGCCCAAAGCCAUCCCCAAGAAACGAAGACGAGUGUUCCGAGCCCCUGAUCUACAAGGAAUGCUGCAAGCGCUUCAAGAGCUCAUAGAGGCCCAGCGCUACUGGGGUAAGGAGAAAACACAGCACUUUCAAGUGACGCUGGUUGAGAACAACAAUCCAAACACUGCCAUUUCUGCAGACAAAAGACAAAUAAGAUAUGAAGAACAUCAAGCAAGAAAUUUUGUGCCUGGGUGUGAGAACUCUCAUGGCGGUGCCCUGGGCUACCCAUCUAUCCAGUCAGGAAAGCAUUAUUGGGAAGUAGAUGUGUCUGGGAAAGGUGCCUGGAUUCUGGGAUUAAGUGACGGCAGCUACCUCUUCAAUCCGAUAUUUCAUUCAAAUGCUGAAAGCCUCCAAAAUCCCUUAUUUCGUUUGGGUAUUAGCAAUGAUGCACAUUAUCAACCUAAAUAUGGCUUCUGGGUUAUAGGGCUGUGGAACAAGUGCGUGUAUAAUGCUUUUGAGGAGUGUGCCUUCACAGGCAAGCCCAGUGUCUUGACCCUCUCGCUGAUGGUUCCUCCCCGUCGAGUUGGCGUUUUCCUUGACCAUGCAGCUGGCACUCUCUCGUUUUACAAUAUUUCCCACCAUGGGACUCUCAUCUACAGAUUCUGUGCAAAUUCCUUUCCUGAUAAUGUUUUUCCAUAUUUUAAUCCUAGGGGAUGUUCAGUGCCAAUGACAGUAUGCUGGUCAGACUCGUAAAACUUCAUCUGUUUCUGGGUAGGGCCUUUGGCUCUGGUGUGUAUCUUAUUCGCCUGACCUCAUGGGCAUCAUUUUACCCAUAAAUAUAUAUGGAGAUAAUUUGCUGUCUCUAGCCUUCCUGUGUGAACAUCUUUCACUGGUAAAUAAAAUAUAUUCAUUUCUUUGGGCCAUA